UAUGGAAACUGAUCAUUGCAGGCAGAGCAGCGCUGGAUGAUUUUACUCUCCCUUAUCCUCUCUCUCUCUCUCUCUCUCACCACCCCACAUCCCCUGUGAUGCUGCUCUGACCAGACUCUGCCUCAGAGAAAAACAAACACUAACCCAUCCACAUACUCAUACACUGACAGGAAGCAGAGAGGGCUGCUGCUGCUCCUUCCUUCCUCUUUUUCUUACACAGAUACACACUCUGCCACUACAUCUAAUAGCACAACACCCACCUUGCCUUGCAGCUAAGAGAAGAUCAAGAGGAGGGCACGACAGGAAUGUGAGUGAGGAUCUGCAUCUGAAAACGCCUGUCCAAAAGGACUCCUCCCUCAUCUGUCUUGGUGAUUAACUCCAGAUCUGCAGCAGUGUGAGACUCCCUGCUGCGUGUUGCUGCACGGGGAAUGCACGGUGGAUACAGAGACGUGGCCUGAACACAAUGAGCAGCCAGGACAAAUGGGUCACACUGACCCCAGCUGAAUUCGCCUUGCUACAGGAAUACACUCAGUACUCAACCAAGAAGCUGAAGGAUGUGCUGCAGGAGUUCCAUGGAGAUGGUGUGUUGGCUAAAUACAAUCCAGAAGAGAAGCAGGAAAUUCUCAGCCAGGAGAUUGACUUCCAGGGCUUUAAGGUCUUUAUGCAAACAUUCCUGGAGAGUGAACUCCCCGAAGAGUUCUGUCAACACCUUUUCAUGUCGUUUAGCAACAAAGGACCCAAACCCAGUCCCUCAUCUUCUGACAAACCUCGAGUCUCUGGACUAAAGCUGAUCAAAGGCAACUCCACCCCUCUGAAGACCCCUACUCUGCCCAGGCCCCUAGAUACAGUGCAGCUUAAGGACAUUGUGUGUUACCUCUCCUUGCUAGAGGGUGGGCGUCCUGAGGACAAGCUUGAAUUCAUGUUUCGACUCUACGACACAGAUGGAAAUGGCUCCUUGGACAGCUCGGAGUUAGAGCACAUUGUCUCCCAGAUGAUGCAUGUCGCAGAGUACCUGGAAUGGGAUGUGACUGAGCUGAAACCAAUCCUUCAGGAAAUGAUGCAGGAGAUUGACUACGAUCACGAUGGUACUGUAUCACUGGAAGAGUGGAUCCAGGGAGGGAUGACCACCAUCCCCCUGCUAGUCUUGCUGGGCCUGGAGACAAACGUAAAAGAUGACGGGCAGCACGUGUGGAGACUGAAGCACUUCAAUAAGCCAGCCUACUGUAACCUGUGUCUCAACAUGCUAAUUGGACUGGGGAAGCAGGGUCUCUGCUGCUCAUUCUGCAAGUACACAGUCCACGAGCGCUGUGUGGCUCGCGCUCCGCUGUCUUGCAUCAAAACCUAUGUCAAGUCCAAGAAAAACACAGAGGUAAUGCAUCAUUUCUGGGUGGAAGGGAACUGCCCCACCAAGUGUGACAAGUGUCACAAAACCAUUAAGUGUUACCAGGGUCUGACUGGGCUCCACUGUGUUUGGUGUCAAAUCACGCUCCAUAACAAGUGUGCCUCACAUGUGAAACCUGAGUGUGACUGUGGACCCCUGAAGGAUCACAUCCUGCCCCCCAACUCAAUCUGCCCCAUCGUCCUGGAAAGACAGUCUACACUGAGGAAGGACUCUCGGACAAGUCAGUCAGGCCGAGGAAAGAUGCAGAGAGCCAAUUCUGUCACAGUCGAUGGCCAAGGACUGCAGAUCACAACAAUAGAGGGCACUCAUCCUCUGCUGGUGUUUGUCAAUCCAAAGAGCGGGGGGAAGCAGGGAGAGAGGAUUUACAGAAAGUUCCAGUAUCUUCUGAACCCAAGACAAGUCUACAACCUGGCUAAAAAUGGGCCCAUGCCGGGGUUGAAUUUCUUCAGAGAUGUUCCUGAUUUCAGAGUGUUGGCCUGUGGAGGUGAUGGCACUGUGGGCUGGAUCCUGGACUUCAUUGAUAAGGCCAACCUGGACAAGAACCCCCCUGUGUGUAUACUUCCUCUUGGCACGGGCAACGACCUGGCAAGAUGUCUGCGAUGGGGAGGAGGCUAUGAGGGCGAAAGCCUCCUUAAGAUCCUGCGGGACAUUGAGAACAGUACAGAGGUGAUGCUGGAUCGCUGGAAGAUUGAUGUCACACCCACAGACAAGGAAGAGCGAGGGGACCCAGUGCCUUACAGCAUUAUAAACAACUACUUUUCCAUUGGAGUGGAUGCCUCAAUCGCACAUCGUUUCCAUGUUAUGAGAGAGAAGCACCCUGAGAAGUUUAACAGCAGAACAAAGAAUAAGCUGUGGUACUUUGAGUUCGGCACGUCGGAGACCUUUUCGGCCACGUGUAAGAAGCUCCACGACUUUCUGGAGGUUGAGUGCGAUGGUGUUACUCUGGACCUUAGCAGUAUUUCCUUGGAAGGCAUUGCCAUUCUCAACAUUCCCAGCAUGCACGGUGGCUCCAACCUAUGGGGUGAAAGCAAGAAGAGGAGGGGCAACCGCAAGGGAGGAAAGAAGGGUCAAGACAAAAGGACACCUGUGCUCGACCCCAAAGAACUCAUGUUUGCGGUUCAAGACCUGUCUGACCAGCUCUUGGAGGUUGUGGGACUCGAAGGAGCCAUGGAGAUGGGUCAGAUCUACACUGGCCUGAAGAGCGCUGGACGACGCUUGGCACAGUGCUCCUCUGUGACUAUCAGAACCAGUAAAUCCCUUCCAAUGCAGAUUGAUGGUGAACCUUGGAUGCAGACUCCGUGCACUAUUGAGAUCGUUCACAAGAACCAAGCUCCCAUGCUAAUGGGAGCACCACAAGGUCGAAGCUUCUUCUCUUCACUGAUCAGACGAACUCGCACUGAGAGCAAAGACUGAACCUUCAAGACCUCCGAGUGCUCACACACACCUGCAGGGCAGUAGUCACCGGUUGAUCUUAGCUGGGCCUGUUUGUAAAGGAGCCCUUUGUCUGAUUGAUAGCCCAGCAUACAGUAGCAAAGUGUAGGAUCAGGAUGUGUCGCCUGCAGCAUGGAGAUGUCACUGAGAAGCCCGCAUUGAAUCCAAAGCGAGGCGAAUUUAGGACUGACACUUUCUUCUACAGUCUGUGGUGUAAUUUCGCUCCAAAAAUAUUGAAGCUAUUUAUGGAAGUUCACUUCUGUUCUUCUAUUUUCUAAACUUCUGUUUUUAUUUUUGCUGUUGUGCUCUGUGCCAUGUGUAACAAACCCACCGCUGAAUGUGUUUUGUGAGAUGUAUUUAUUUAUUUAUUUAUUUAUUCAUAUUUAACUGCUAUUGAUGUUUUCUAAUGUUUUAUUUUUGUAUUUGCAUACCCCUGAUGCAUGAUGGACAGUGAAAGCGGCUGGUGCUGUUGGAGAUGACAUAUCUGGAGUUUGCAUCUGAUUUUUCCCAAAGUGUCUAGUAAAAAGUGAAGUGUCUCUACCCGACAUCUCUUCUACGCUUCAGUCAUGAAUGGCUUCAAAUAGUGCAAAGACAGAGAAUCUGCUUUCGUUUCAUGUUUCCUGCAAGUCAUCCUUGUCAUGUUUUGAUUGGCUGUUUUGCUUCUCCGUCAGUGGAAAGAUUAGGAAUGAUUAUUGAUUGCUCAUAAAAAAUGCAUGACACUCUUUGUUUUACGUUGCACGAGAGAUUUCCAGACAGUUUUACCAGAUCUGUGCACACUUUCUGUUGCAUGAGUGACCAUGAUCUCUUUUGACACUUAUGGAAAUUGAUUAUUUUUGAAUCUGCAUCUACAGCACAGCUCUGUUUCAACCACAUCAUCAUUUAUCUGCAUUUUUAUGGGAUCCUGUGCUUUCUUAACAGGUACUCAGGCAUAUUAGAAUGAAAAUCUUUGAAAAGCCACAGAAAACAACAAUAUUUAUCUUGUAUAGUACAAGCACUUGUAUAGUUACGUUCACAAGAAGCAGCUUAAUCUUCUAUGGUAACUGAUUUUUUUCUGAUGUUUGUUGAUGAGGGUUUACGGUCCGCUGCACAAGUAAGCGUCCAUUAAACAGUGAAAGAUUUACAAAAUUACUAUUGACAUUCAUGUAUAUACAGUGCUGUGCAAAUUCCUCAUUGCUUUAUAUUUUGCUUCUAAGUAUCCAGACUGUCUUUAAUUUUUAUAAUGCUCCUGAGCAACAAUUCUACAGGCUUUCAAAGUUUUUCUUUGGAUAUUGGCUGUUUUUACACUCAUUUUCAGUCCGGUCCAAUUUUCAGAGGAUUUUUUGUUUGUUUGUUUCUUAAGCUACUUAACACUGAUUUUUAAUCAUUCAGUGUUGUCUACGUAACAGACAAGUUAGAAAAAAGACAGUUUUAAUUUUUAACUUUAGCACCUUGUUAAUAUCUCCAAAAGUUGAUUCUGUUCAUCU